AAGAGCUCACUAGAGACACUCACACAUUUAAACGGCAAUAGCAGAAAAAGUGACCUCGCUUUAUAAGAAAUCAGUCUGCUCACUCACCUGAUCUCACUUCCUGUUCGUCUUCGUUGGUGGCUGUGCCUGACAACUGUUGCCAUGGGUGAAAUGGCAGAACUUCGGAAGGAGAUUGAGAACCUCAAGAACCAGAUCUCUGAGGCACGUAAAGCAGUGCAGGACACCACACUGCAGGAUAAAGUCUCCGGCACAGCAGCACUGGGAAAAGUUCAACUCAAAUCCAGAAAGACACUGAGAGGACAUCUGGGCAAGGUCUACGCCAUGCAUUGGGCCUCAGAUUCAAAACUCUGUGUGAGUGCGUCUCAGGAUGGCAAACUGAUCGUGUGGGACACCCACAGCACCAACAAGGUGAACGCCAUCCCGCUGAAGUCUUCGUGGGUGAUGACGUGUGCGUACGCCCCCUCGGGAAACCUGGUGGCAUGUGGGGGUUUGGAUAACAUGUGCUCCAUUUACAACCUGAUGCCAAAAGAUGGCAAUAUUAAGGUCAUACGUGAGCUGGCGGCACAUACAGGCUAUUUGUCUUGCUGUCGCUUCCUGAGUGACACCGAGAUCAUCACCGGCUCUGGAGACUGUACCUGCUGUCUCUGGGACAUCGAGACUGGGGCACAGAAGACCAUUUUUGCUGGCCACAUUGGUGACUGCAUGUCACUGGCUAUGUCUCCAGAUUUUAACUUUUUUGUUUCAGGAUCAUGUGACUACACAGCCAAAGUGUGGGACGUACGAGAAGGCCGAUGCAAACAGACCUUCUAUGGCCACGAGAGUGACAUAAAUGCUAUUGGGUUCUUCCCCAAUAGUAAUGCAGUGAUCACUGGCUCAGACGACUCGUCUUGCAGACUGUACGAUCUCCGUGGUGAUCAGGAGCUGACCACUUACAAGGACUCAGGCCUCAUGAGCGGUGUCACCUCCCUCGCACCCUCACUCUCUGGACGUCUUCUCCUGGCUGGCUAUGAUGACUUCACCUGCAACAUCUGGGACGUGCUGAAGACUGAGAGAGUGGGAACACUGUCAGGCCACGAUAACCGAGUGAGCUGCCUCGGUGUGACGGCUGAUGGAAUGGCUUGCUGCACAGGAUCCUGGGAUAGCUUCCUGAAGAUCUGGAACUGAAACACCUUCUGAACAACUCAAAUAUCUUAUAAACAAAAGAGGGAAAAUAUGAUUCAGGGAAAAAACUGAAUGGGUUUAAAAUUGGGUAUGUGGGCACAGAGAGAGAGACAGAGGUGUUUGCACUUGAGACCACCAUCUCAUAUACGUAUAGGCACUUUUUUUCUGAAAGAAAUUAUGCAAUAAACUACACUAAUGACAAGUGAUAUAUAGGAUUGUUCAAAUAUUACAGGGACCACAGUGCACUGAGUAACUGCAGGAGGCACUUUUCAGGUAAUUUUGAAAGAAAACCAGUUAGAUGAAUGUAGAUAAAGUAGUACUGGCUGCUCUUAUACUGUUACUAGUGCAUAGUACUUUAAGAAUGGACUGAAACAUACCCGACAGAAUGAGUGAUACGGCUAAUGUGUAAAUAAUGCAAACGGUUACAGGAGCUGCCAAAAUACAUUCGCCGUACAUGUUUUUAAAAUCAAGCUAUAACCUGUUUGCUUUAUAGAUUCAUAAUGAGCUGUAAGUUU